UUGUUUCAAGAAAUCUCCUAUAAUUUUCUGUGACUAUUUAUAGUAGAUUUAAUACUGUAUACUACAUAGAUAUUUCUGCAUUGCAAGAAUUACCUCGAAUGAGAAAUCCUGAAAUUCAGGCAAAAUAAAAACGAAGUAUGGACAGUGAUAAAAACUUGAAAAAACUAUUUAAGGAUGAGUUUGGUCAUGGCAAAAAGCGUGGACUGCCCAGGCGGUUCCCACGUAAACGCACUCCCGCAGCUGAGCGUAAAAAAAUCAAGUUUCCUGGACGUCGCCAAUGCAUUGAUAAGCGUCACAAAGUUGGCAAGGGUAAGCGCUCGCCUGGUAUUCGCCGUCGUAUCGCGAAAGAUGUACGCCGCCGUGUCGCGAAAAAUAAACGCCGCCGUAAAAUCCUGCGUAAAGUCAGACGUGCGGGAUUAAAACGCCGCAGGGCUUACGGUAAACGUGCUCAGAUGCGUAAGAAUGUGAUACGCUCGGAAGCAGUAGAAUCUUCAAAAAUAGUUCCAUCUGGUCCUGCGUCAGAAGCUGGGGUGUUUAUGGAAGUUGUGCAACAAAUAAUACUACUGGUUGUCUGUUUCGUUCUAUACUUCUAUGUAAUUUAGGCCAUUAUUUCAAAAAAGUCUCUAAAUUUUCGUAUCUAAAUUAUUUUGCGAUCAAAAAUAAACUCUGUUAUCAAAUUACACUUUUACAAUAAAAAUUAAAAAAUUGAGAG